AUCAUCACGGUCCCACCGAGGUAGCCUUAAUUUGCAGCCCCGUGAAUCCGAAGGAACCCGGAUCAUGGAGGAAGGCAGAGUGCCUUUUGAUGAAGCCAUAAUGCCCUAUGAUGGAGCCGAAAUCCCUCAAGAUUUUUCAAUGCUUCAGGAUGAAGCCAGCAUGCCUCAAGAGGAAGCCAAAGUGCCCGAAGAAAAUCUAGGUGAAAUGCUUCAAAAGGAAGCUGAUCUGCUCACAGAUGAAGAUGAUGAUCUUUCAGAGGAACCCGAAGACCUACUGAAUUUUAACAUAGGGGGCUGGUUUUUUUCUGUGCCUAAACUAAAGCUUGCCCAGUUUCCAGACUCAAUCCUUUGGAAAAAGGCAUCUGAAGCAAUGCUUUCCGACGACCAGCAGUUAUUCAUCGACAGGGAUGGAUUCAUAUUUAAAUAUGUGCAUGCGUAUCUGCUCACCAGCCAACUCCCCAUUAUCAGCAACACUGAGGUGAAUCUGCUGCAUGAGCAAGCCCAGUCACUACAGAUAACACCUUUACUGCAGACACUUGAGAAUUUGAAGGAUGGCAAUCACCAUCUGAAUAUGAAGUUUUCUGAUGUCAUCGUGGCAGAGAGCACAUCCAUGAAUUUAUGGAAAUUUGGGAAGUGUACCAACAAGAAAUUAAGCCACUCACCAAAGAGCCCAAUUUUCCCAGAUCGGAAUGAUAGAGCUCCCUUCGGUCUCUUGGACAAACCAUUAUUGGACAGUGAAUCAGAAGUGCCAUACUGCUUCUUGCCUCUGGAGCUGGUGAUGAAAUACCCUUCUCUGGUGACUGAGAAAAGCCUACUGUGGAUGACUGAGAUCAUGGUUCUGAUUAAGUGCAGACGCAACGAAUUCCGCUUCCUAGCGAACUUUCUCCGCUCAGAGAGGAUUUUGUUGCCAAGUCGUUUCAAAAACAUGACUGCUUUAGAAUCAGAAGCGAAAACUUUCGAUUUCCCUGAGCUGAGUGAAGCAGUGAAGCUAUACAAGAUGACUGUGGGUAACCACUCCUCAAGUACCUCCCCUCUCCUGCAAACGAAGAGGACUAAGCGUGUUACUGGUUCUGUUUCCAAGAAAUCCCUGUUUGAAAUGACCCUUGCCCUGCUGGUCAAGUACCCGGAUUCAGCACUAGGACAGCUCCAUAUUGAGGGCAACUUAGAUGGGAGCAAACUGUUCAUUGAUGGCAAUGGGAUGCUCUUCGAGCAUGUCAGGAAUUGGCUGGGAAUCUCCAGGAUGCCCCUGACUGAGUCCAUUACAGAGCUUCGCCAUCUGUGCUCCUUCUUGGAAACCGAAAGCAUCUUGUAUGGGAACAUGAAAAUGGCUCUGAAAACCUAUCUCGAGUCCAAGGCUGAGCCUCUCUGCAAGGAGAUCCCCAGCACUUGGAAGGCCGAGAUCACGGUCUAUUCAAUUCACCAGAUUGUGAAGGUUUACGUAGGAAACUACUGGUAUGAGACAUCGCUGCAGACCUUGCUGAAGUAUCCAGAAAUGCUGACCAACUCCAAGAAGGUGCACUGGAUUAUGUUUGGAAAGAGUCUCUUCGUCCAUGGAGAUGGUCUAAUUUUCAGACAUAUCCUCAACUUCCUCAGACUUGGCAAACUACUCUUACCACCGAAAUUUAGAGAGUGGCCACUCUUCUGCCAAGAGGUUAAGGAGUUCAAAAUCGCUGCCCUGAUGGAUGCUAUGGCUAAGUUUGAAGACGAAAGAUACCAGCCGAAGCCUCAGGCUCAGGGCCUGGAAGUCCCUGUUGCCUUGCUGAAUCCAGCCAAGUCUUUCAGACUGGAGGUCUCAGAGAAGGAACUGGGGGAAAGAGCAACAGUAGCAGCAGCUGAAGCAGCAGCAGCAGCAGCAGCAGCAGCAGCAGCAGCAUCUGUCAACAGAAGUCAGCUGAAGGACCUGCAAGAAGAGUUUCAUGAAUUUAAAGUGCCCACAGCCCGUGUGCCUGUGGACCUCCCGGACAAGUUCUCGACCAGCUUCAGUCACCGGGUGGUGAUUCCCCAGGAGGAUGAGCCAUCUACCAGUUUUAUAUCUGUGGACCUGACCAGAAACUACGCCUUUGACUUGUGCCCCCCAUACUCAAGACUGUAUGCUGCUCCUCAGGACUGGCUCCGCCUGGCUCCUCCCCUCAAGGAUUACAGAAGAAGCAACGUCCCCCAGGGGUUCCCUAGCCAAACUGUAUUCACUACUCCCAUGCAGAAAAUUGUCACCCUGGUCAGAGAUUGGGGCAUGGCCAACAACGAACAAUGGAACCUUCAGAGGCUGAUCACGCCUGUGAGCACUGCCCCAGCAGGGGUGACUAUGAACCUCACUCCCAUGCUUGGGGUGGCCUACCAACCGAAACUGACUGCUAUGCCUUGGACGACCCAACCCGCUACCCCAGAGAUGCCCGCACCCUUAUUCAAGACUGGUUUCCAAGCCAAUGGCCUGGAGCAGAAAUUCAAUCCCAAGUUCCCUGGGAUAAGUUCCAUCCCUCUGACAUUCUUGGGGAGGCAGAAGCCUUUUGAGAAAUGUUUAGCGAGAGACCAGCCUUCCGCCAGAAGUCCAAGACAACGUCCAAGUCUUCUCUUUCCUAUUGCAAAAAUAUCUGUCCCUGCAGCAGCAGUUGGACUAAAGUUGGGAGCUGUCCUCAAAGUGAGCCACCCCCCAGUAAUGGGGAAUGAUGGUUACCCCACGGCCUAUGAAGAGAGCAUCAUCUACAGCCCCCUGCUGAUCCCAACCAUGACUGAGACUCCGUCCAAAGAGGUAGUUUUCCUGAAUCUCUCUCUGUCCCGAGAGGAGAUAUUCUAUGCCCGUAUGUGCCACCAUUUCCUGACUGACAUCAUCCUGGAGUCCAUCCGGAAGAGGGACCCCAAAAUGAUCACCACCAAGGUGGUGGUCCUGACCCACCAGGUCUGGACCCUGCAUAUCACCACCAAACAAUUUGUGACCAAUCUGCUGACCAUUCCUGGCUUCCGGAAUGACAAGACGACUCAGGAGCAUCUGCACAGAUGGGUGGAGCUAACGCUGCCAUUGGCCCAGAAGUACAGCCGCUGCAUUAAUCUACUCAUCAAGAAGGGGCUGGCCCACAUUGUCUCCCACACCAACCUCAAUAAGGAUGUUCUGGAGAUGUAAGCGCCCAGGGAUUGUUUUAACUGUUUAAGUGAGUUUGAAUUGUUUUCACAAUUUUAACUGCUUAGGCUGUAUGCUUUUGACUGCCAUAACUGAACUGUAACCGAGCUAUGUUUUAACUCUUUUAGUCGUGUUGGAACUUGUAACCCUUUGGACUAUAUUCUAAAGAUUUCAACUGCUUUAAGAGUGCUUUAACUCCGCUGGGGAAGA